AUGUCUUCAGAUGAUAUCAAGCAACAAGAUUUGGUCGAUAGAACCAAAGAGUUAACAACCUCUGAUUACUAUUUCGAUUCUUAUUCUCAUUUUGGUAUUCAUGAAGAAAUGUUAAAAGAUGAUGUUAGAACCUUGUCAUACAAGAGAGCUAUCUUAAAUAAUAGACAUUUAUUCCAAGGAAAGGUAGUUUUGGAUGUAGGUUGUGGUACAGGUAUUUUGUGUAUGUUUGCCGCUCAAGCCGGUGCCAAAUUGGUCAUUGGUGUUGACAAUUCAGAGAUUCUCCCAAUUGCUCAAAAGAUUAUCAAGGCAAACAACUUUGAAAACAAGAUUCAUCUUAUCAAGGGAAAGAUGGAAGAAGUUACUUUGCCAGUUGAAAAGGUUGAUAUCAUCAUCUCUGAGUGGAUGGGUUACUUUAUGCUCUAUGAGGGUAUGCUCGACACUGUCUUGUAUGCUCGUGAUAGAUAUUUGGCUCCAGGAGGUAUUAUCAUGCCAGACAAGGCUACUUUACAUAUUACUGCUAUCGAAGAUUCUGAUUACAAGAAUGAAAAAAUUGAAUAUUGGAAUACUGUUUAUGGUUUUGAUAUGUCUUGUAUUAGAGAAAUGGCUUUGGUAGAACCUUUGGUAGAUGUUGUUCAACCAAAAAUGAUUGUUACCACCGAUUGUUGUAUUUUAAAUAUUGAUAUUAUGACUAUUCAAAAAGAACAAUUACCAUUUAAAUCAGAUUUCAAGUUAAAGGCACAAAGAGAUGAUUUGGUUCACGCUUUUGUUGUCUAUUUCGAUAUUGAAUUCACAAAGGGAAGCAAGACCGUCUUUUUCUCUACUGGUCCACGUGCUAAAUAUACUCACUGGAAGCAAUCUAUUCUCUACAUGGACGAUGUUCUCAAGGUUUGUAAUGGUGAAGAAAUCACUGGUACCAUCGACGUCGCUCCAUUCCAACAAAAUAGACGUGACCUCAAGAUUAAAUUAGAUUAUCAAUUCAAUGGUUCACAAGGUGCUUCUUCUGCAUCAACUGAAUAUCACAUGAGAUAA